GGGGGGGGACUUGGAGGGGGAGGAGUAAGGUGCAUUUAAGCGCUCCUCUGCGACUCCGGUCGAUCCUCCCGCAUCACACGCACCUCUCUCCCCCCCCCGCCCCCCGAGCUGAGCACCGGCCAAUGCUCCACGGCAGCUCUUCCCUGGGAGUCUGUCCCAUGCGUGGGAAGCACAACAAAAUCAAGGGCUUCACCUGAGGGCGUGCAAAGGACCGACAACAAGGGUUUGGAACACCCCCCACCCCCCAUCCCACCCCAACCCGCCUCCCCCCUCCACCCCCCCAUCCUCGUUUCACUUUGAAUCUCUUACAGCUUCCCGUCGGACCGGAGAGACUCGCAACGUUUCGAUACGGAAGUACGUGUUUUGAACUUCUCCGACAUGUUUAUUGACACCAGUGCGGUGGUCUUUGGAGGCAGGAAUCCACCGGGACGCAGAGCAUUUCAUUGUGUAUUCCAAAAAAUGCGUUGCAGUGUUGUUGAGCGGGUCUUAUCGUGUAUAAACUCGAUGUUUAACACGCAUGGGUUUGUUUGUCUGUGUAGUUUCCUGCGGAGAGAUUUCAGCACCACGGAGAGCUCAUCAACUCAUUCUGCUUCCCCGCGACCAAAAGAAGGGAGCGUCCACCCUAAAACUAGAGUUUAAGCUCAGCCUUGGCGGCAGCUGUUGUGUACGGAGUGUUUUGUGGAUGCAGGGCUUUCUAAACUAGUGCGAUUGGCUUAUUUCACGGUUUAGUCACAAUAGAGCAGCCUCAAAUCCUCAAAUGGCCAUGCUGGCCAACUCCUGUUGACGAAUUUGGAAGUGAGCUGAAACUAAUGUUUUAGGUUGUUCUUGUAACCUUUUGCAUGAUACGACGAUGUUCUACAAAUGUCUGUAGUUUGAGCGUAAAAUACUCUCGGUGAUGGAAAAUGAUCGACGUUAACAAACCCGCCUGCUUGCUCACAGGACGAGAAGACGACAACCUGGAGACGAUGAACGAGUCGCGGGUGGCGAACGACUCCUUUCUGGCUCCCGUGGCCGGAGAACCUCUCCCGUGGAUGGAGAGCGGUUCCGCGGAGCGCAACGGCAGUCUGGAGUUCUCCACCGCCCCGUUGGACCUCCCCAUCAACCCGUGGGACAUUAUGCUGUGCAUGUCGGGCACGGUCAUCGCCUGUGAAAACGCCAUAGUGGUGGCGAUCAUCUUCUACACGCCGACGCUGAGGACUCCCAUGUUCGUGCUGAUCGGGAGCCUGGCCACGGCCGACCUGCUGGCCGGCAUGGGAUUAAUCCUCAACUUCGUGUUCCAGUACGUCAUCUCCUCCGAGACCAUCAGCCUCAUCACCGUGGGCUUCCUGGUGGCCUCCUUCACUGCGUCCAUCAGCAGCCUUUUGGCCAUAACGGUGGACCGGUAUUUCUCCCUCUACAAUGCCCUGACCUACUUCUCGGAGAAGACGCUGCAGUACGUGCACCUGAUGCUACUGGGCACCUGGGGGGUGUCCCUGUUUCUGGGCUUGCUGCCGGUGCUGGGCUGGAACUGCCUGGACGACGCGGCCUCCUGCAGCAUCGUUCGCCCUUUGACCCGGAGCAACCUCACGCUGCUGGCCGUCUCCUUCUUCGUCAUCUUUGUGCUCAUGCUGAGCCUCUACUUCAAGAUCUGCAAGAUCGUGUGCCGCCACGCCCACCAGAUCGCCCUGCAGCAGCACUUUUUCGCCACGUCGCACUACGUCGCCACCAAGAAGGGCGUCUCCACGCUGGCCAUCAUCCUGGGGACGUUUGGCGCCAGCUGGCUGCCCUUCGCCAUCUACUGCCUGGUAGGCGAGAGGGAGUAUCCGUCGGUGUACACCUACGCCACGCUGCUGCCGGCCACCUACAACUCCAUGAUUAACCCCAUCAUCUACGCCUACAGAAACGCAGAGAUCCAGCGCUCCCUGUACGUGCUGCUCUGUGGCUGCUUUCAGGCCAACAAGGCCUACCGGUCCAGAUCACCGAGUGAGGUCUGAAUAGAGGCCCGGGGCUCUUUUUGUGCGUGCGUGCAUGUGUGUGUUUGUUUGGGGGGAAAAGACGAAUCCCGCUGUGACGGGUGACGAUUGGCUUACAGUCGGCAGUGAACGUACAAACACAAAGAGGAUCCGGAGAUGAGGAUCCGAAAAUGUGUCCCUCGCGCAUCGUUUAUAUGCACUUUACUACAAUACGAGUUGGGAUGAGAUUUUUUUUUUUUUUUUGUAAUCCUGUGAACAAGACGUCUGUGGAAAAAGACAAAACAAACCUGUGAAUGUACUUAAAUGAGAAUUGGAAUGGAAAAUCUUGCACUUUAGUCUGUGUUUUUUUGAAAGGCCAAAGCAGUAUUGUAAAGCCCUUAUUGUGUUUAAACGUUUCAACUUGUGAAUACUGUGUGCACUUUUUCUAUUUUGUAUGGUAUUGUCUUUUGAUGUGCAUUUUUCUACAAUAGGAAUAAAAAAAAAUCCAAUCCAA